ACCAUCACCUUCCCCUGGCCCCUUGGGAGGCGCUGCUAUUGGGACAACAAGUGGUUCCACAUACUUAACAUCAUCACAAUUACUAAACAAAGCAAGUCCUGCUAUUCUUUCAAAUAUCCCUGGUUCAUACCAGGAAAUCCAUUCACAUUUAAUUGACAAGAUAUCCAAUGUUAACGAUUUGGACUCACAGGUAUUUUCCAAACUAAUUAAAAUGAAUUAUUUGAGCAAUUAUCAGAAAUCAAGAAUCUUGGAUGUCGCUUAUGAUAAUCAAUUAAUGCCAGUUAACAUUGCCAACAACUUUUAUCAGAUUUUAGGAUUGAUAGCUUUGGAAAUUGAUGUGCCUGGUUCAGCAGAUUACGUAAGUUUACAGUUUAGAUUGAAUAACUUACCGGAAUUACCUAGGAAAUUCGUCCAGUCAAUAAUUGAAGAGAAUGAAGAUGAUGAAGGUGGACAUUUUACUGAUCCCUUGCAUGCAAUUGGUAAUUCUACUGAUGGUGGUGAGUGGAAAAGAAGAAAUCUGGGUGCUGCACAAGAUGACGAUAACGACGACGAUACUGAUGACCCAUUAUUGGCCGAUCAUACUAGUUCUCACAGUUUAAUUGAUGAAACUGAGGCUGAAGGAUUGAAACCAACUGGUCAAUCAAGAACUGAUAGUGGUAAUAUCAUUGAUUCAGCAUUAAUCGACAAUUAUGUGGCCGAAAUUAGAGAUAAAUUUAAGCCUUUACUUGAAGGGAAUGAUCAAGUUAGAAUUAAAGAAGUACCAGAAAAGGAAGGAAUCAUAUUCAAGCAUAUUAAUUAUAUAAUUACAUUUGAAUCAGGUGGACAUUCAAAGAAAGUUAUUCGAAGAUAUUCCGAUUUCGUAUGGUUAUUGGACUUUUUGUUACAAAAAUAUCCCUUUAGAGUCAUUCCCGGAUUACCACCAAAGAAAUUCACAGUAGGAUCUUCCCCAGAUUCACAAUUCUUGCAAAGACGUCGUCGCGGAUUACACAGAUUUUUGAAUCAAUUGAUUAAACAUCCCGUACUUUCAGAGGAGCCAGUAGUACAAACUUUCCUUUCUGUACCUACUGAUAUCACCACUUGGAAGAAACAAGCCAAGAUUGAUUAUUCACUCGAGUUUAAGGGCGAGAAAAUCGGUCCUAAUUUCAUCAAUGUGAUUUGGCCCAAAAUUGGGGUUGAAUUCUUAAAAAACUGGAAACAAGCUGAAACCAAUGUUAAUAAGUUGAUUGAAAUUUGGACAAAAGUUGUACUAUUGGUGGAAAGACAUGAAAAACGUCAACAGCAAAUUAGUUUUGACAAUGGGAAAUUUGUGGAAAUGUUGAGUAAGUUUAGAGAACUAGAUACCAAUGUAUAUCCAAAUUCCAAUGAGACAUUGUUGCAUGAUAACGAUAUUGGUAAUGUCAAUGACCUGUUGGGAUACAUUAGUGAAUAUUUCAACAAGUCAAGUCAAAUACUAAUUGAUGAAAGUUAUUCUAUUAACACGAAUAUUUUAGAAAAGUUCAAGAAUUAUUUGGAUUAUUUGUACUCAUUACAAGAGUUGUUUGAUAGAACCAAAAGACUUUCCAUCAACACAAUUGAACAAUUAGAAGCUAAAAUCCGAGAAAAUGAAACCAAAUUCAAGAAGUUAAGUACCGAGGAUGCUGAUGCCAAGGGUGCAGAUAUUACAAAAUUAAGACAAAUUAUAAUCAACGACAAGCAAGAAAUUUUCCAACAAUUAAAUAAGGAUUGGUUAAUUAAACAAUGCUGCUUUCAAGAGUUUGUUCUGUUUCAAGAAACUCAAUUCUUGAUUGGUGAAUUGUGGAUUGAAUGGUGUAAAGGCAGAUACAGAUUUGAAGAGAAAAUUGUGGGAUUAUACGAUAACUUAAAUCGCGAAAUUAUCAAUGAUAUGCCAACUAGUAGAUAAACUGGUUCUUUUUAUAUAGUACAUAUAUACAUUUAUAAUUCAUGAAUAAUCUUCAACCAUUUUGCAAUGACUGGAAUUUCCUCAUUCAUAUUCAACUUGGCAUCAAAGUAUUUCCUAUCAAGUACAUUAACAAUAUUAAGUUCUUCCUUGGCUUGAUUAAACAAGUCUUGAUUGUUGAGUUUUAAAGUAGACAAUAUCCUACCGACUUGUACACCUAAUUCAGCUCCCUUAGGAAACCCUUCGUCAAAUCCUUGUUGUAGACUGUCUUCUUGCUGAUGCACUAAUCCAUCGAGGUAACCCUGUUUGUGAUGAGCUCUAUUGAUAUCAUUGAGGGAUUUUGGAUCAUCAUCACCCCAUAUAUCAUCGUCUUCUAUGUUUUGACUUGAUUGAAUCGGUACUACUGGUUCCUUACAUGAACAAUCUCCUUGACAUGACAUACUGUUGGACU